CUACUGCCAUCUCUACCCCAUAUUAAACAAUAAGCAAAAAAGAUUUUAUAAAAUUAUUAGACAAUAACACUUGACCAAAUCAAGUCAAAAUUCCAACAUAUACACGCACCUGAAAUAUUGAGUAACGUUUUUUUCGGCAAGCAGAAGGAGAGCAGAUAAUCGAAAGAAAGCAUGACUGGUUCGUUCAGUGUGAAGCUAAAAUCGAAAAAAGGUCAAUUCAUUGUAAAUGACCUGAACGAGAACACAACACUAGCUGAACUGAAAACGCGGAUAGCCGAGGCGACGGAGAUCGGUGAGCCACAGCUGCACGUGCUCGUCGGCUAUCCGCCGCGACCACUCGAUCUCAAUGAGCAGCAGCAGCGCAAUUUGCGCUCCGUUGGUAUCAACAGCGGCGAAACGUUAAUUGUCGAGGAGAAGGCGGCGCCAUCAACAAAUGUAGCAAGAUCUGCUGCUGCUGCCGUCGCCGCCGCCGCCGCAUCAACCAUUGAGGAUGACGAGGCGCUGGCGCGUCGUCUACAGGCGGAGGAGGAUGCGGAGCAACUGCGUCAGGUGGUCACAGCCGCCAACAAUCCCGAACUGAGCGCCGGCAGCAGCAAUAGCAAUGAGAGCGCUUCGCUAUCCGCGCCAGUGGAAACCGGACCAAAUGGUGAUUUCAAUGGAAUACUAUUGAAGAAAGUGGUCCCAGCGGAUAACUCGUGCCUUUUCACAAGCAUACGCUUUGUGCUCAACGGCAAGGUGGACAACGAGGGCAGCGAGAUGAUGCGUCACAUUAUUGCCACCGAGGUGGCCGCCGAUCCCCAAUCAUAUAAUGAUGCCGUGCUGGGCAAAUCGAAUGCGGAGUAUUGUGCCUGGAUACAGAAGGCGGAUUCGUGGGGCGGUGCCAUUGAGGUGUCCAUAUUGUCCAAUUACUAUGGCAUCGAAAUCGAUGUGGUUGAUAUACAGAAUGCGAUCAUCAAUCGCUUCGGUGAGGACAAGAAUUUCGGAUUGCGGGUCUUCCUGCUCUUCGAUGGGAUCCACUAUGACCCGCUGUAUAUGGAGACGUCGCCAAGUGCCGCACCAGCUACCAUGUUUCCCGUUGACGAGCUGGGCGUCUACGAGCAAGCCGAGCAGUUGGCCAACGAGGCCAAGUCCUCGCGACAAUUCACCAAUGUGGACAAGUUCAAUUUGCGGUGUUUACAGUGCGAUCUGUUGCUGGUGGGCCAGGUGGAGGCCCAGCAACAUGCCAAGUCCACGGGUCAUGCUAAUUUCGGAGAGAUUUAAUACGUGCUCAUCUUUGGUACCAUCUACAUUUUGGCUUUUAUUCUGUUUGCCUAUUACAUACUCAACACGUAGCGAGAUGCUAAAACCUACUUUACAAAUUUACAAAUUUCUUUUAGC